AUGGCCCGUGCGCCGUCUCAUGCGGUACACGAUGCUCCUGCACCUUCAACCUCUAUCCAGCCCGUCCCGAACUCCCAAGGCGGUCUCAGAGCCGACCGAGUUGCGCACCUUCUGCCGUGUGGUCCUGACUCACGCCGAACCCCGUCGACAGCCCUUGCCCGUCUCCCCAAGGUUCAUGCAGCUCCUCUCGCGGAGCUGUACGCGGUUUGGGGGAGGGGAUCUGCGAAACGCCGUCGGCCACGUCUCUCGGAGCAUGUUGUCGGAAGCGCGCCUCUGCCACUGGACCUCCAGGCCAGCAGCCUCGCGGUAGACAGACCUUCACUUGGCCGCUGCUCAUGCAACCCAACCACCAGAAAACGCCUUGAAGAACGCGUCCGAGUUUCUCGCAGGGGCCCGUCGCUGCCACCGCCGCUGCCGCUGCCGCUUGUCGCCGUCGCCGUCGCCUGUUGCUGCUGCUGUCGCUGUUGCUAUUGCUCUUUGCUGUCGCCGUUUGCUGUCGCCGCCGUCGCCGGUGCAUCUUGCUCCAAGGGACCAUCCCCCCCCCCCUCGUCUCUUCCAUGA